AUGGCAAUUUCGAUGAGCUUUCUGUUGCUCAUCAACAGACAGUCAAAGGUUCGUCUCUCCAAGUGGUGGGAUGCCACAAUUCCUCUUCAGGAGCGACAAAAGAUUACGCGGGAUCUCUCCUCGCUGAUCCUUGCCCGAAAGUCAAAGCAAUGCAACUUUGUCGAGUAUUCAGUCUACAAGCGCUACGCCUCGCUUUUCAUCAUUGCAGGCAUCACCCUGGAUGCAAAUGAGCUACUAGCACUAGAGUGGAUCCAGCGAUUUGUGGAGAGCCUUGAUCAGUACUUUGGCAACGUUUGUGAGCUUGACCUCAUUUUCAAUUACGAGAAGGCCUAUUACAUUCUGGAUGAGCUUAUCGCGGGCGGCGAGCUGCAGGAGAGCAGCCGCACGGCCGUGAACCAUUAUGUAACGCAUGCAGAUGCUUUGGAACGUCAGGCACAAUAG